GGUGGAUGUACAGGUCUGUGACGACUCUUAACAGAGAAGAAGAGAGAAGCUUGAGGACAGGGUGGGAGAGAAAAAGAAGGGAGGUGUCAGAAAAAACAAACUGCACCACAAGAAAUCUACAGGAAGGGAGAAUAAGGAACUGAUACUCAUCUCUGAACACAACUCAGGACUAAGAUGGAAGUCUAUACUGUAACAGUGGCAACUGGCACAUCCGAAUAUUCAGGCACCAACAACUACAUCUAUGUGACCCUGGUGGGAGAGAAAGGGGAGAGUGAGCGUACCCUGCUGGACAACCCUGGACUGGACUUCUGUCGAGGAGCAGUGGAUUCGUACAAGGUGAACAGCCCUUCCCAUUUAGGCUCCCUGCUACUGGUCAGGCUGGAGAAACAGAGAUACUGGGUGGAAGAUAACUGGUUCUGUCGCUACGUCACUGUGGAACCUCCUGGUGGAGCCAAAGCACUGACUUUUCCAUGUUAUCGCUGGCUUAUAGGAGACAUAAAGUUGGAAAUAAGAGAGGGAACAGCUAGGACACUGAGCAAUGAGUCCAUACCUCGGCUGCUGGCUCACAGAAGGACAGAGCUGGAGGAGAGACAGAAGACUUACAGAUGGGUGACGUGGGCUCCAGGGAUUCCCAGAUCUAUUGACGCUAAAACGGAAUCAGAUUUACCCCAAGAUGUCCGCUUUGACAAUGAGAAGAGGAGUGACUUCGAACAUUCCCUACAAUAUGCCUUGCUGGAGCUGUCUCUCAAAAAACUGGCCAUCAAGUUUGGAAAGUCCUGGGAUGACCUGGAUGAUUUCCAACGGAUCUUUUGGAAGCUGCGCAGUCCCAUAGCAGAGUACUGUAUGAAGCACUGGAAAGAGGACUCGUUGUUUGGAUACCAGUGCCUGAAUGGCUCCAACCCAAGAAUGAUCCAGAGGUGUAAGAAUCUGCCAGGGAAUUUCCCUGUAACUCCAGACAUGGUGCAGAGCUCCCUGCCUCCAAAGACCAACCUGAACAAAGAACUAAAGGCAGGGAAUAUCUUCUUGUUAGACUAUGCCAUCGUGGAUGGGAUUCCCACCAACACAAUCAGGGGUGAACUUCAGUACAUCGCUGCUCCACUCUGUCUGCUGUACCAACACCCAGACCAAGGACUCAUACCUAUUGCUAUACAGCUCGAGCAGACUCCAGACUUGGACACACCCAUCUUCCUGCCAAAAGAUGCACCCCUGGCCUGGCUAAUGGCUAAAAUGUGGGUACGUCACGCUGAGUUCCAGGUGUUCCAGGUGCUGUCUCACCUGCUCAGGACACACCUGGUGAUAGAGGUGUUUUGUGUGGCGACUCUUAGACAGCUGCCUGCUGUACAUCCUAUAUACAAGCUUCUGGCUCCUCAUCUGCGCUACACGUUAGAGAUCAACUGUAGGGGGCGUACUCAGCUCAUCUCCUCUGAUGGCAUCUUCAAACGGGUUGUGUCUACAGGCGGUGAUGGCCUGUUGAUUCUGGCUCAGAGGGAGUACAAGACUUUAACCUACCGCUCCCUCCAGCCCUGCCACGACUUCAAUGACAGAGGAGUUUCUCACCUCCCAAACUAUUAUUACAGGGAACACACACUGAUGCUGUGGGAUGCUUUACACAGUUUUGUCUCAGAUAUGGUUGGAUUGUUCUACCAGUCAGACCAUGAUGUGCAGGAAGACCUGGAGCUCCAAGCCUGGAUCAGAGACAUAACACAAGAAGGCUUCACAGAGCUCCCCAACUUUGGUAUGCCCAGUCAGCUCAGCACCAGAGAGGAACUCAUCACUCUGCUGGCAGUCAUCAUUUUAACCGCUACAACCCAGCAUGCUGCUACUAACAACGGACAGUUUGACUGGUGUGCCUGGGUACCCAACACCCCUUGCACCAUGAGACGCCCUCCACCAACAGACAAGGAUGCUGUUACUAUGGAUAUGAUCAUGGCCACACUUCCUGAUAUCAGCCAGUCCUGCAUGCAGAUGGCAAUCACAUGGCAUCUGGGACGUCCACAACCAGAUGCAAUUCCUUUAGGCCAAUACACAGAAGAGUAUUUCACUGAGGGGCGGGCCCAGGAAGUGAUUGACAGGUUCAGAAAGCAACUGAAGGAGAUUGAGGACAACAUCCUGAGUCAGAAUGAAGGAAUGGAGCUUCAAUACCUUUACCUGCUGCCCAGCCGCAUAGAAAACAGCAUCACUAUAUAGAAUCAGUAACAGAUGGUUCAACACAGGCUUUACUGUUUGUUCUUUCAGGGAAGAGCUCAUACAUAUCUUAAUGGAGCAUCAUCAAUAUGUACUUCGUAACAAGCACAGAAGGUUAUAGAACUUUUUUAUUCUUUACAAUUUUAUCUACAACUGGAUUAAAAUGAGUUUUGAUAACAUUUUAUAGUUUUUACAGAA